AGGUGUGGAAGCAGGUACUUAGCUUACACUUGAAGGUUACAGAUCAACAAGCAUUAAUAAAAGAUCCGGAGACAUUCAUGAAGCUUGGCGUUUUUGUGCACCAAGCCGUUAAAGCUAUUAUAAUUGCAGAAAGCAGUAAACUAGAUACAAAGACUGCAAUUAGGAAAUGCGAUAACAUUACUAUUGACUUAAAAAUUUUAACCAAGCUCGGUAUUGUUAAAUCAUUGCCAGUUAAAGAUCUCUUAAAUUGCUAA